AUGACAAUAUCUAAAUCUAUGAAAGCAGUUGUCUUUCAUGAUAAGUAUGAUAUAAGAACUGAAAUUAAGGACGUUCCCAAAAUUCAAAAUGAAAAUGAUGCUAUUUUAAAAGUUUCAUAUUCAGGUGUUUGUGGUACCGAUUUACAUUCAUAUCGUGGUCAUAUUAAAGGUCCAACUGGCACAAUUAUAGGACAUGAAUUUCUUGGAGAAAUUGUUGAAAUUGGUUCAAAUGUUACAAAAUUUAAAGUUGGAGAUUCUGUAUUAAGUAAUUUCACAAUUCAAUGUGGUGAAUGUUGGUACUGUAAACAUGGAUAUAGUGGACAAUGUGUAAUUACUAAUACAUUUGGGAAAAUUGGUUUAGAUGGUGGUCAAGCUGAAUAUGUAAGAGUUCCAUAUGCUGAAAAUACAUUAAUUAAAAAACCAGAAAAUAAAGGUUCAGAAAGUGAAGUUGAUGAUUCAAUAUAUCUUUUAAUGGCAGAUAUUUUUGUUACUGGUUAUUAUGGCGUUAAGAAAAUUAUUGAUUUUUUGUCUAUUAAUCCAACAGCUACAAUAAAAGCACAAGAUUUUUCGAAAUCCACUAUUUUACAAAUCGGUGCUGGUCCUGUUGGUCUUUGUGCAACCAGGGUUUUAAAACAUUUUGGUUUUAAAAAUAUCGUAGUUGUUGACAGUGUUCCACUGAGAUUAAAUGAAGCUAUUAAAUUUGGAGCUACUAAAGUAAUAAAUUUUGAAACUGAAUCAAAUGAAUUGUCAAGAUAUAUUGAACAAGAAACGAAUGGAAUUGGGUUUGAUGCAGUUUUAGAAGCUGUUGGUGCUUCAUCUGCUCAAAGAACAGCCUUCGAUUCAGUUAGAAGAAAUGGUUUAAUUAGUAGUUUAGGUAUGGGACAUACAGAUUUACCAUUUACAAGUUUAGAUUGUUAUCUUAAAAAUGUCAAUAUUUCAUUUGGUAGAUGUCAUGCUGCUUCUUUAUUUCAUGAAUCUUUAGAAAUUUUUGAACACGUUAAAAAUGAUUUUAAAGACUUUAUCGAUUAUAAAACUUCAAUAGAUAAUUCAAAAGAGGCAUUUGAUUUAUUUGACAAGCAUAAAGUAAAUAAAGUAAUAUUUGAUUUGACAAAAUAG